AUGGUGAAACGCAAGGAUGUGAUGUAUCAGCGGCUGAUAGGAGAUUUGGUGACCCUGCACUGGCAACACACGGAGGAUGUGGCUUACGCGAGGGAGAAGGCUUUCCACCCAGAAGCCAUUGAAGUGAUCAUCAAAGGGGUCUCGACUACGGUGGAGCUGGAUAUGAUUACAAGGAGGAUGUCUACGUACCUGAUCACCAGUCGUAAGCGGACGGCUUUCGUGCGCAACUCCAACUUCCACCACGUGCUGCACCCUGUCACUGGCGCGGAUACGGAUACUGUCAAAGGCCUGGUCUACGCUCACCCUGGCCCCUCGCGGCCCCUUCGCGGCCCCGUCGCCGCCCCUGUCGGCCCCGUCGACGCCGCCAGCGGCCCCGUCGCCGACCCUAGCGGCCCCGUCGCCGACCCUAGCGGCCCCGUCGCCGCCAGCGGCCCCGUCGCCGACCCUAGCGGCCCCGUCGCCGCCAGCGGCCCCGUCGCCGACCCUAGCGGCCCCGUCACCGCCCCAAUCGGCCCCGUUGCCGCCUCCAGCGGCCCCGUCGCCGCCACUUGCGGCCCCGUCGCCGCCCCUUUCGGCCCCUCCUCGACCCUGCCCCGGCCCCGCCCCGGCCAUGCCCCGUCGCCAACCGCGGCGCACCAGGGGCACGUGCACCGCCCCCCCCCCCUUUUCCCGUCGCCUGUCGAGGCGACCUGA